AUGCCAUCGCUGCGGAAGUGCUCUCCGUAUACAAUGGAGCCCGCGCUCCUUGCUCGCCUUUUCCCUCUCCCUUCACGGUUUCGUCUCAACAACCUGCCGCCGGCGCCCUUGCUGCUGCCUGUGCUCCGUACGGGACGCCCGGGCAUCUUCAGCCCAGCGGCGCCGGGGAGCGUUGUCGCUAAAGUUUCCAUCUGUGACGUACCAACGUUUGAGGACCGGACGAUGUACUGCUGGAACAGAUCUCCGUGCAACAGCUGGCCCAAAAGGGUGAGAUGAUCAUACACACACAAAGACGGAUUCCACGCAUCUCACGCUGGUUUGCAUUGAGCUUUGUUCCGGCGAUUGUCAGGCGAAUAGGGGUGCCCGUCCCACGUGUCGGUUCAUGCGGCGCAUUCGACGGCGGCUGAGGACGGGCAGGGGAUUUCACUAG